AUGCCAGCGUUGGUGUCAAUGACGAUCGAAUGCGACAAGAGCGACGCUCUGGCCAACUAUCUCCUUCGUGAUGUGGACAAGUAUCCGACCUCACAUCGUCGUGGAAUCCAUCAUUUCAUUCGUUCAAAAGUUACCGGUGGUGGGAGAGAUAUCACUUUUGUUCUCGAGUCUGAUCCUGAGGACUAUUCUUCACCUGUCGAAUUUUGCAAUGAAGUUAUCGGUGCAGCAACAUGGCGUCGUCAUGGGACGUCUCCAACAGCCCUAGCAUGGCAGCGGCUUGCGCGUGGAGGUGUUGUUGAUCAGUUCAAUCGCUUUCUUUUGUCGUUAGAAGAUCGUGUCAGCAAGCCCGAUUGGGAAUUUGGCGUACAGAAGCGCAGGUUUUAA